AUUGUAGAACUGUAAAUAUCAUUUUACUACUUUAAAUUUGCAUUUGUAGUAACAGAUAGAUUUUAACGAAUCAUUGAAUGUAGAACGAGUCCCUCAAGUAGGCAGACAACUCGAAAGUGUCUUGGCUAGCCUGGGGGAACACCACUCUAGCUCUAGCAGACAACUCUGCAAAUGCAGAGGUUAUUGUUGAGUUUGGUCUGGUCCGUUACUAAAAGAGAAGAAUAUUUUGACACUGCUUUGUGACUCAAUCAAACAAGUUUUAUUCCCGAAUCCCCUUUGAUGAAUGCCAUCAUGACCAAAUAAACUUGGUCGUAAUUCAAGUUGUGUUCGGCGUGAAUCUAUGAGCGACAACCUUACAGUUUGGUUUAGUUUGCUUUGAUUCAAGAAGAUAUACGUGCUUUUGAGACUUUAAAAUGUUACGACAAGGGUCAAGCAGAGUUUUGAACAUACUUGUGCGAUCAAAAAGCUCCUCUGCCUCUGCUCAGGGAAAAUGGAACCUAGUUUCGUCUGUAUGUCUUCAGAGGAAACCUGUGCUCAGCAAAGAAAUGACAGAUUUGGAGAAAGACGUGCAGAAAUUGCUUUUCCAAAUAGAAACAGAAAAGUCCUGGAAAAAUGACUGGGAGCUGGAAGCUGAGAAGGACCUAAAAGAAAUGGAUCAAAUCAAAGCUGGUGAUCCAACAAAAGUGGGAAGAAAGUUUCGACGAGAUUGGGAAGAUGAAUGGAAAGCGGAGCUUGCGGCAUUUAAAUUGGAACCUCGUCUCACUGAAGCAGACAAGAAGAACGAUGUUAAGUCAUGGUACAGGUUAUUGGAUACCACUUUGUUCUUAGUUGUUCAACAAAAAGAUAGCGGCAACCGUUGGAUAUUACCACAUGGUGUGCGCACUGAAGGUGAAACAAUGCGACAGACAGCUGAGAGAGUGCUACAUAACAGUUGUGGAGCAGAUUUAAAUGUUAAGUUUUACAGUAAUGCUCCGUGUGGUUACUUUAAAUUUAAGUACCCCAAAGCUGUCCGUGAAGAGAGAGGAAUAGAAGGUGACAAAGUAUUUUUUUAUAAAGCUUACCUCACAGGUGGUCAGUUAAAAUCAAGUUCAAUAUUGAAAGACUUUAAGUGGAUUCCCCGAAAGGAACUGAAAACUACGUUACCACCAGAAUAUUGUAAAUCUGUUGAAAUGUUCUUGAUUGAUCAAGAUUAACCAUAAAAUUUAUUGUUUGCAAUUGUUGUAAUAAAAAAAAACUAUUCAAAGUA